UGCAGUUUUGGAAACAAAGAAGGCUCAUGUUCAAAUAUAAAAAACACCACAAUCCCAUUCCAUUCUAGCCCAAGCUCUCGGAAUACGAGAGCGGCUAUUCCGUUCCACACCCUUUACCAAAACCUCACAAUGCGUCCCUUCCCCCUCUGCGUCCUUCUCCUGUUCCUCGCCACCGUCUCCUCGCAGCCGCAACCGUCACUGCCGGCCGGCAACAACACGGCGGGCAACCACACCCAUGGCGGCCACCAUGGCGGCCACCACCGCGUCAACACAAGAAAGUAUUUCGGAUGGAUUCCGGCAUCGACGACGUCCGUUAACCAAACUGAGUUAGCGGAAGAGUUCCUGCACGCGCACAACUGGGUGAGGAAGCUCUACAACCUUCCCCUGUACGCGUGGGACGAGCAACUGGCGAGCUACGCUCGUGGGUACCUGAUGCAGCGGUACGAGGACUGCAAAUUGGUUCACUCCAACUCAGACUACGGCGAGAACAUGUUUUGGGCGAAGAAGUUGAAUUGGACCCCUUCUGAUGCCACGUACUAUUGGUACAAGGAGAAACAAUGGUAUGAUUUUCACACCCUCACGUGUGCCCCACCACCCAAAGCGUGUGGCCACUUCACCCAGAUCGUGUGGAGAGACUCUAUUCGCAUUGGCUGUGCGCUUCAGCAUUGCCACAACCCCGGUGCUGGAAUGCUCAUUGCUUGCGAAUAUGACCCCCCUGGUAACUAUGAAAAUGAGCACCCUUUGAAACAACAUAACACUUAAUUCAUUCCUAACCACCUUUAAUAAAUACACAAUUAACGUUUUCAUUAUAUAAUUAUAUCCCACAUAUACAUAAUUCUACUACUAAUCACCAAAGGUUGUUGAUAGAGUUCUUCGCUGCACGAGAUUAAAUUACUUAUUGUGGAUUUUUCAUUAAUCUUGUCGUCCAGUUUCGCUGGCAGAUUGUACAUAAUUAUUGUUGCUUUGCUUUUUUCAGCAAUGGUAGACAGUUAAUUGGUGGAGCCCUUUCAAAGAUUAAUUAGAAACUUCUUCUUUUUAUUCCCUUUUUCUACAAAAGACUUGUCCUUCUUGGCCGUGUCAUGAUUUUUAUAUGGUUGUUUAAAUGUCUUUGCAUUUUUUAUGUUGUAAUGUUGUAUUUUAAUUCCAAAUGCUGCAUUGUUGUCGGGGAAACUGUAUCACAUGUUAGUCUAAUGAAAAUCGUUGUCGUGCUUUUUUUUUUUUUUUUUAAAUGUAAGUUAGUUGUACGUUUCUAUAGAACAACACAUCGGUUGGCAUAUCGUAUAGACGGGUUAAAUAAUGCAUUUGGAUGUGUUUGUUCUAUGUAUUUUAAUUUGUGAUUGACUUACCAAAGAAUGGGUGGCCUUUUCUGGUUUUUGCAAGACAAUUACAAGGCUGUCUCGUCGGUCAUUAAUUAUUACAAGUUGCAAAAGUAGCCACAACUUUAAAUUUAAUGACUUUAAAAUCCAAUUACAAUUGAAAUAUUGAGAAAAUUUUGUAAUAAGA